CAAGAACGAGCUGCCACUAUAAUCAAUGAGAAAACAUUUGCAGUUUUAUUGAACAGAUAUGCUGCUGCUCAUAAGGUUGAAGAUGCUAUAGAAAUCUUUUACAAGAGAAAGGAUUAUGGAUUUGAACAUGAUCUGGUUGCUUUCCAAACACUUCUUAUGUCUCUCUGCAGAUAUAAACAUGUGGAGGAAGCUGAGUCACUAUUUCUCCUAAAAAAGGAUGAGUUUCCUCCAGUUAUUAAGAGUAGAAAUAUUAUUCUAAAUGGUUGGUGUGUUUUAGGAAGCUUGCGUGAAGCUAAAAGGUUUUGGAAUGACAUAAUAUCUUCCAAAUGCAAGCCCGAUUUGUUCACAUAUGGCAUUUUCAUUAAUUCUUUGUCAAAGGCUGGGAAACUUGGAACAGCGGUUAAAUUGUUCACUGCCAUGUGGAAGAAAGGGUGCCAGCCUGAUGUGACAAUCUGCAACUGUAUCAUUGAUGCAUUGUGUUUCAAGAAAAGAAUUCCUGAAGCUCUUGAGAUAUUUGGGGAAAUGAAUGAACGGGGUUGUCUUCCUGAUGUGGCUACCUAUAACUCUCUCAUAAAACAUCUCUGCAAAAUAAGAAGGAUGGAGAAAGUGCGUGAACUUCUGGAUGAAAUGGAGCAGAAAGGUUGCCUUCCAAAUUCGAGGACUUACUCUUACAUUCUAAAGACCAUGAAGAAGCCAGAAGAGGUUGUUGAAUUUCUGCAGCGUAUGAAAAGAGGCAGUUGCAAGAUUGAUAGUGACACAUAUAACUUGAUAUUAAACCUUUAUGUCAGGUGGAAUUACCAGAGAGGUGUACAAACUGUAUGGACAGAAAUGGAGACAUGUGGUUUGGGUCCUGAUCAACGCUCUUACACAAUUAUGGUCCAUGGGCUUCACAGCCAAGGAAAAUUAGAUGAGGCAUUGCAUUAUUUUAGUGAGAUGAGGGCAAAAGGAAUGAUACCAGAACCCCAAACUAGGUUUCUAGUAAAGGCAAUUCACAGGAAAAAAGAAGAGUUUGCGGAGUCAUCUCUUUCUCCAGUUAAAGCAAAUUGGAGGACAGAAGAUUGAUUGAAUCAGAACUGCAAAGAACCCAUGAUGGAAGUCAUUAUGUAAAAUUGCUGUGGAUCUUUUAGUUCUUGGUUCAGUUGCUUCAUUACUUGCAUUGUGGUAUGUGCUCUGGACUGCAUUGCUUUAUUUGCUGAUGUACAUGGUUAUGUUAUUUACUUUUAUGGAUCUGAUUUUAUUUUCAGUCGUUGUGAUUAGUUUUAUUCACAUGAAAUGUUUUUACUACUACUGAGUUUUACCAAGUCAGAAAAAAGUGAACUUCAGGUCCUCAGCUAUAGCAUAUUAAGGUCUCCAUAGUUGUGAAUUGUUUGACGAAUUAUUCAUGUAUUCCAUGAUGCUCAUUGUAGAGUUAGCACUUGAAUUUGUCAUUUUUUUUAUUUUUCAUGCAGUAGAUAAUUGUUAAAUCUUGAAUUUAGCACUACCUUUCGUUAUCUGCCUUUCCAUAAGUCUAUUUGGAUUCCAAGUAAUUAAUUUGGUUUUCCUUAUGUCUUGUUUGCCACAAUUUCUAUUUCCCAAAGUCAAUUUUAUUUCAUGUUUAAUCUAUGAUGUUCAUAUUUCAAGUAACUUAUUGUUUUGCACUUAGCUGAACGUUUUAAUACUUUUAGUUUUUAAAGGUGCAAAGAGGUUUGUGCCCCAUUUUUUGCAUUUCGUUUAACAGGGAAACGCUUGUACAAUGCUAUUAUGCAAUUUGAUUUUUGCCAUUCAAACUCAUGUCAAUCAAAAUUCCAUUUCUUGAUGUUGAGUAACUUAUUAUGGAGUGAACCAUAAAGACUCGUCCCCAAAUAAGUGAUUAACAAACAUAUUUAGUGGUUAUUAUAUUUUGGAAAAGUAAAAGAUAUAAAAAUUUUGAAGGGAACUUGUUUUUCUUGUGUUUGUUGGGAUGAAGAAAAUAAGAAGGUCUAUAAAAUGAAAGAAAUUUACUUAGUCAACCAAGCAUUUUGGGCAUUCCAUGUCAACAAGGAAUCUGUCCAUUUUUCUUGCUGAUAUGUUAAGAGAAGCCGCUUAUCAUAUUUGAGAUAAGCUUUUGCUUUAUGGUCAUACUUGAUCUUAUUGCAUAUGUACAACUGCUGAUGCAUGUUGGAAAUGUAUUUGUCUAAUAUCAGCCCUUCUGGCAGGACAUUUUCUAAUUGUUUGUGUUUAUUACCCAUGUGGGAUGUAAGUUGAUGUUCACCAGAGCAUGAUAUAUAUUAAUCCAUAUCACUGUCUUAAUGUUGUGCUAUGUGUGAACUGUUUCUAACAUGUUUAAACUGGUUGAGGUAUAAUGGCUUUUCAUAUUGAACCACAUAAUUAUUGUAAUUCAUUUCAUGUUCAUAUGUUUGAAAGGUGACUUUUUCCAUGGACUUAAAGCAUAGUAAACUUUCUCUUAUAUUUAAACAACACUUCUUCUGGUCUCAAGGCUUCUUUGGUUGUGAUUUUCAUGAGCGUAUUAUCUAUGUUGGAAUUAUGAAAAACUUUGGUAAAGAUCAAAUCAUGCAAGCAAAUAUCUUUGCGACAAUGCACACAAAUGUAUAUACACCCUUAGUUGCAUUAUUUACUUUUAAGAUAUAUCAUGCGAUUGCACAUUCCUUUUUUAUUUUUGUUGAAAUUACAGUAGAUGAAUCAUCAUUUUUUUUUCUUUUUUUUAAUUAUUAUAUUAGUUUGUCUUUUACAAAAGAGAAGUGAUUUUGCUUUGUUCAACUUUCUGGAAAGUCUUAUUUUAUGUAAAGGGCACCAAACGGUUCAAGGUGGCAAGCACAAGGUUGUGUUGUGAACCCAAGGUAGUAAAAUUUCAUUCAUCUUAUGCAUAUUUUGAAGUAAGUGGAUUUGCUAGAGGCAUGGCUUUCAACUACAUUUAUCUUUACAAUCGAAAUUUGAUAGGCUAUUACAUGAAAGUGCUUGCAAGGAAGAAAUCAUUUAUCAAGGGAAUUACAUGUGGUUUUCUCCGAGUAUAUCAUGAUGUGCGUUAAAAUUGAAGUAAUUAAUAGAAGCUGUCCACCAUGGUAAAUGGAAUAAACAUUAUUUAUUACCAUGGUUAAGCUUCAAUUGUGGUUUCUAUUGAUGUUGGUGGCAUGCUGCUGUUCCUUCCCUCCCCUGCUUGAUGUAUAUAAACCUAAAUUUGUCAUUCUCUAGAGAUUAAUUGAAAUCCCGAAUCCGUGUUUGAAGCUCGUCAUCUACUUAGACGAACCCAUACCUUUAAUAGUUUAAGUACACCAAAUUUAUUACUAUCUGAUUACAAAACUUGAUUGUGCCAGCUUUUUCAAGUGAAUAAUGAUCACAUUUUGGCUAAGAAAAAAAUUAAUUUUUCCUUUACAUCUUUGAUGAUGGUUAUUUAACUUACUUUCAAAGCACAUAUCUAUCAUCAUAUUUUUCCUCAAAAUUGGCUUUAUUUUAUUUGAUUUUAUUGGUUGCUUCUCAUUGUGAUACUUUUGCUUUAGAACUUUCACUUCAGCUGCAACCCUUUUAUAAGCCUUCCUUGUUGUGUUUAAGAGAUUAUAGCAGAAAAAUCGAUACACUGAUGAUUUUCUUU